UGCGAGUAUCCUCUCACGGGACUGUUUCUCCCACUUUUCUCCGAGGUAGACGAGAGGAUCUUCAAGCGCUCUUUUUUACCACCGAAACAGCCGCGCAAGUUUAACGGACGCAUUUCCUCUUUCGUCCUCGGACUUUAAAUAAUUGGUGAAAUACCAGCGUGGGCCAAUAAUCCCGUGCAUUUUUAAGAAGCCUCUUUCUAUCAAAGAUAAAUUUAGUGCGGAUCUUGGUUUUUGCGGACAGAGUGCUGUGAUAAAUAAAAACAAUUUUUUAAAAGUUUUGGUGAUUGGUAUAAACUGCUGUUCGGAGAGAACGAGAUACGACAAUUUGGAAAAAUCAUGGAGGAAAUAGGCAAGAUUGGGAUGCUUAAAUCAUGUUUCAUCGCAUGGAUGCUGGCUGUAAUGAUGCAGAGGUGUAGGGCGAUUAGUCACGACACAUCUGAGCUCGAACCAGCAGGAGAUGAAGUAGCGGUCGAUGAUGCAACGGAGGAUUAUUGGGCGGGAAGUGGAUCAGGUCCAGAAGAAGAUGAAAAUUCAAGAAAUGAAUCUAGAGAAGCAUUGACACACGAAGCCAGCGAUCACGAUGCGGUGGUGUACGUCGGUGAAGGCGCAGCAUACGUACCAGUACCUUCCUUGAAGGCUAGACCUUUGAGUCCCAAUCUGCAGGCUCUGCAAACACUACAAGGUCUCCAGGGUCUCGCAGGUGGUGGUGGCGGAGGAACAGGACUAGCAUCCGACGAGGAGUGGAGAAGACAUCCGGAAACUUGGGAUCGUGAACAUAGGAGAUACAGGCCUAACACCACCAGAGUGCAGCAUAUCGAGGCGGAGUGUCAAGACGACUACAUGAAAAUUCGGAUUGGCUUCAAUGGCUCAUUCGCCGGUCUUCUUUACUCUGCAGGUUACUCCUAUGAUCCAGACUGCAUGUACGUUAACGGGACGGGUCGAGAUUACUAUGAAUUCUACAUUCAACUCAAUCGAUGCGGCACUCUCGGUGAGAACACUCAUCAUCAGGACAGUAGGAAAAAUCCCACGAAAAAUUUAAUGUGGAACACCGUUACAGUACAGUACAAUCCUCUCAUCGAGGAGGAGUUCGAUGAACAUUUCAAGGUCACGUGUGAAUAUGGUUACGACUUUUGGAAAACUGUCACUUUCCCAUUUCUUGAUGUCGAGGUUGCCACGGGAAAUCCAGUAGUCUUCACUUUGCAACCACCUGAGUGCUAUAUGGAAAUUAGGUACGGAUAUGGAACGACAGGUACGAGAGUUGCUGGACCAGUUAGAGUUGGAGAUCCACUGACGCUCAUCAUCUACAUGCGCAGCAAGUACGCAGACGGCUUCGACAUCGUUGUGAAUGACUGCUAUGCGCACAAUGGUGGGAACAAGAGAAUUCAGUUGAUUGAUCAGUUUGGAUGCCCGGUUGAUGACAAACUCAUCAGCAGGUUUCGAGGAUCCUGGUCUGAAAGCGGACUUUUUGAGACGCAGGUCUUUGCGUACAUGAAAACCUUCAGGUUCACGGGUUCUCCGGCCCUCUACAUCGAGUGUGAUGUGCGGAUGUGCCACGGACGAUGUCCGAGUCAACCAUGCCAUUGGAGAAACGCUAAGAAUGUUGCCAAACGCUCGGUAGCAGACAUGAUCUCUGGACCAUCAACUCCAGCAUCCAGUUUAUCAGAAAAUGUAAAUCUCUUCCAAUCACUUCGAGUAUUACAAGAAGGUGAAGCUGAUACGGAGCUCUUCCAAAAUACGACAUCUUCUUCACGUACUGGCUCAAAUGACUCAACUGGAGACAGAGUCUGUUUGCGGCCCAGCGUCAUCAGCACAGUCGUCGGACUAGGAUGUGGUCUACUUUGCAUAAUGGCAGGAACCCUUUUAGCCAUGUGUUCGCGGAUGCGACGCGUCGCUCGUGAUAAACUUCUCACCGACAGCAUAAGUUACAUGACACAUAAGGGUAGAAUCAAUUAAAGCACAUCCUAGCGAUAGUGGUGUCAAUCUCGCCAUUAUGUUCUUACCGAUUUAUGAUUCAACUGGCAUCGAAGAUGCCGAAUCAGAACUUUUUCUUCAUUUAGAAGAACUCAAAAGACUCACCUGGAUAUCGCCGAAACGUACGAAGAAAUCAAGGAGAGUCUUUCUCGGUGGAACAUGGAAGAAAAAUCAAUUCUCUGGACUGAAUUCGAGGGACUCUUCUUCCGAAGAUCUCGACUCGAAGCAAAGUACAUAUCAAACUUCUUUUUAAAAGAACUCUGAAUACGGAUUUAGUUUCAACUUGCCUGUCAAUAUUUAUUCUUUUUGUGUAAGGAUAAUUUAAAUUCGUUGAGUUUAUCGAUAAGCUCGAAUUAGAGGUAAAAACUUAGAUUUAGAAAUUGAUUGCAACUCGAUAAAGUGAUGCUGUAUGUCGCUGCAGCAACAAGUCUCACCUCCAAAAGAAUUAGUAAAAAUGAGUUGGAAAAAAUAAGUAUUGUUAAUGCAAAAAAUUAGAUUAGAGGGUCUGAUAAAAUGUUUUAUAAUAUUUAUAAAAUGUUCUUCAUAUUUAAAAGCUUGAGUAACUACUUAACUUUUUGUAACGGGACUAUAAAUUCAUAUAAAAUGAUUUAUUAAUCAACGGAGUUUCACAAUAGCUUGUGAGAUUCUAUUUAUAAGAAUUUUUUUAACCAGAAUACUAUUCUGCAUGUUCAAGAACGAAUGUUGUGGCGCAUAUCUCAAGUGCAUCUUGGUCACGCUCCAAAUAUUUCAGCGUUGUUCAAGUGACAUGAACAUUAGACUUAGUAGGAAGUGAAUUUCUAAAAAUGCAUUUUAAAUGUGAUUUCAGAAUCGAACAAAGACAUUAUUAGUUUAAUUUAAUUAUAGUCACGUAACCACUAUCAUUAAUUAGAUUGACAUAUUUUUAUCGUUGGUUCAAUUUCAGUCUCAUGAAUAUUCUGUAUUCAAAUAAUAUUGUAGAGAAGAUCUUGUACUUAAUGCAUUUAAAAAUAGAAAACAAAUACUAAAAUAGAAUCGAAGAAAUAUAUGCAACGAUGAAUGAACCUUCAAGUAAAAACGUAUCAAGCACCUCCUACAACUAGUGAGAAAUAAAUAAUAUUUUUUAGAGUUCGAAGAGUAAUUGAGUCUCGUAAUUAGCAGUUGGAUGUCUUUGCCAUUUGGAUACAAUUUCCCUCUUAACUUUUAACGUAGAGUGUCAAAUAUUAUUUUCUCCUCCUGGUUGUUCUGAGAAUGCUACUCUCUAUACACAAUAAUUUAAUAUUGCUCGGGUUACACCGUAUCAGUAUGCCUCUGUUUAAUAAAUUACUUAUGUACAUACAGUUUAUUAGCCUUGUAUAAUGAUUAAGGAUAUAUAAUUAUAAAAAGCAAUUUGUACGAAUUAAGGAUUCUAAUAAACAAUCUAGCAAUUGGGUAACGUGAUUUGGACACUGGGCGUAAUGCAAUCGGGAAACUAAUUUUUUAAGCCUUUGUCGUACAAAAAUAGCUUUAGAUAUCUUCAAAUUUGUGAAUUUUUUAAGAAUAAGAAAAUACUUCGAUGCCAAAUCUUAUGCGUAUCUGUAAUUUAUUGACGCAAUAUCCAAGAAUUUCAGUACUUGAAAAAAUAAACUACCUGGAUUGGUCUUGUAAAAUAAAUAUGGUUCUAUCUUUUCUGUUUUCGAACAUUCAGUAUUUCAAAAAGAUUUAAACCUGAAAUGCAAAAUAUUGAAGAUUUAAAAUAAUAUGUUAAAUUGUAUGUAACUGAAUGAUGAAAAAUAAGAAAGUACAGUCACAUUUAUUUACCCUUGGAUAAACUUAAUCAAAUUAACCAUUUGUAGAUGUGAAACUUGGCGAAAUGUUAAACGACUGAAUACGAAUUAUGAGAAAUUGUCGAUAUCGACAGAGAGAAAUAUUUUUCUCCUAGCAUUAGUUUGGUGGUGCCACCGACUCUGUCAUAUCUUCAAUUGAUCAAUGCUUACUAAAUAACUCUUAGGACAUUUUUUAUUAAUUCAAUAAAGAGUAUUCUUAAA